CAAGGAUUCAUAUGUGAAUGACACAGACAGUUUCUUUCGUUGUAUAUCGAUUUUCACAGCAAUUGAUUUGUUUUAUGGAGAAAAUAUAUUCUAAACCGGUGAAGAUUGAAUUGGUGAGACUCAAACGAAAGUAAUAAUCUCAUUAUUUCGGUUUGAAAGUGAAAGAACUGUUAUACAAUCGGCUACAUACGCAGAUUCAAUGUUACACAGUAAAAAUGACAUCAAUUUGUAUGAACUGUGAAAAUGCGUUUAUUAGCAACGGGCCGUAUUUCACCUGUGGAAAGUGUCAUGGACCCUGUGAUACAUUUCGUUAUACCAACUAUGGGGUGGAUGAAUCUUACUACGACGCAACGCAUACUCGACAAAAGGACGACAAUUUUUUCGGCAAUCAAUCGAACAAUGCAGAAGAUCUACCGUUCCGUCGAAGAGUUCCCAAGCCAGAACCAUCAACAUCGAGAUCAUUGAAGAAGUCACAAGCAUCCGAUCAAUUUCGAGUGUUCGGCUAUCGCAUGCUAAAUUUUUGUUCACGGUAUGCCGACCCAUUUACUUGGCUGGAAAUGAUGCGAGACUCGAAAAGCAAAUACGAUGUUAAAAAGAAAGGGAAGAGCCAAAGUGAAGAAAGGGAUGAAAAUCCGCGCGAACAGGACAGUGGGAGUUCGAAUCAGCCUUUGUAACGGAGUUUGGAUAAUGAAAUUGGAAAUUGAGCCAAUGAUUUGUUUUGUAAGAUUAGAAUAUUUUCUUAUAGCAAUUGUUUAUAUAUCUGUUAUUUAACUCUUAGAGUGAACAUCAAACUAAAAUAAUAUUUUUUUUAAUCUAACAGAGACACAAACUAAUUAAAGUGUUAUUUUGCCACAUAUAUUUGUAAUUACCAUGUAUACAUACAGUGUUUUAUUU